CCCAUUCAGCAUCUGGGCUGAGAGUACAAAUCAUCAUCUUCGACAAAUCGAAACGUAACUGCUGCUGACGAACGGGAUUAUUUAUUGAACAAUUGGCUCUCAUGGGUAGCAGAAGUUUUGGUUUCGUUUCUCACUCGCCCACGACACUAAAGUGAACUUAGCACUGGAUGACUAAACUUCCUGACUAAAGAAUGGACUCUUUAAGACAGAGACGCAAGAGAGAGAUAGACGAAGCUCUCAGAUUCAUGCAGUCUUCUCUAGCUUUUCCAGACCUUCAAGGCUACCAGGACUUCCUGGUUAAGUUGGUGUGCAACCUUCUCAACGAGGGCAACUGCUGCUUCACAGAUGGCUUGGAGAAUCAAGCCGUGAAGGAUUUCAGCGAAGGCUUGAGUGUUUACCACUACGCCUCGGCAGAAGGGAUCCAGAUCCCUCAGGCUUUACUGGAGAGUCUGUACUUCAACCGGGCCACCGCCUACCACAGCAUGAGGCAAUACAAUGAAGGUGUGAAGGACUGUGACAAAGCCCUGGAAGUUUGUGAAGGAAAACAGCGGGCGCUGUACUUGAAGGCGCUCUGCUUGAAGCAGCUUGGCAAGCACAAGGAGGCGUACGACUGCACCAGUGCCUGCAUGCUCACCACACAUCAGGACAAACGCGUGAAGGAACUUGCAGAGGAACUUGCCAACCACCUGGGACUGCAAAAACGAAAGCCCUAUGUGGCUGCUAAUAACAAGUCUUUGAGUGCACCUGCGGCAGUCAGUUUAGCCAGCAUGCCUCAAGCGGAGCCUCCUGUCAAAACCAAUAACGGGGCAGCCGGAAGCCUGGACACUUUGGAUGACUGUCUGCUGAUUGGAGACGACUUGGACAGCCUGCUGGACUCCAUCCCUAAUGAGCAUGCUCAGAUGGCCGUUCUAGAAGGAGCGUCCCCUGCCAGCAGAGAAAGCCCCUUGGUGCUGCCUGCUCCCACGCCUCAUCUCCCUCCAGCCUUCUUCAGCUCAGGCAUCACACAAGUUGGCUCCAAUUCAGCCGGUGCUCACAAGUUGCUGGACGCCCUGGAUGACCUCUGCCCUCCCCCGGGUGGGCGUGGCGAUGCUCCAAGCCUGAAUUCCAAAGCGCCGCACUCGCUGGGUGACGACUCCAACCUUCCCCGGUGUGCCCAUCCGUCCAGAACGGACCCGGAGGAGCGAGAGAAGUCGCUGGAUGAUUUGCUCAGCGAGCUUCACCCUGUGGGCGUCACUUCUGCUUCUGGUGUGGACCUGCUGGACUCCCUUGACUCCCUGGAUUUGUUUCCCUCGGUGAAAGAUGCUUCUUUGCCCGCCCUCCCCCAGGUGGGAGCAGGCCUGGACCAGCUCUGCAACUUCAGCUCCUCUGCCCUCACAAGCUCUCACGGCGUGCUUCCUCCCAUCAAGCCAGCCCUGAAGAGUAAGAAGAGACAGAGCAGUACGUGUUUGUCACUCUCCAACCCUCUGGCAGCCACGCAUGACUUCAUGCAGGCCUGCUCGGCCUGCUUCCCUCGCCUAGGUCAAGGGAUCUUCACCUUUGUCCACAAGGCCGACCUGGUCCACACUUGUGAGCGAGACAUUCUCUUGUGCAGACGAAAGGCGGCUUUGCCCACGGACUGGACCAGAGUGCGACAGCCGCCGACGUGGACCUCCUUCACAGCGCCCUUUGUUCUUUGCAGAGAGCUGCUGAAGUCCGGCGACAUAGGCCUGUGCAAGUUUGGUGAGAAGUGCACCUUCGCCUUCAACCAGCUGGAAAUUGAGGUGUGGACAGAGGAGAGGAAAGGCACGCUGGAUAGAAACCUGCUCUUUGGACCAUCCCAGACCCUCGGCAUGGACCCUGCCAGCAGCAUCCUUCACCUCAUGCAGGAGCACAAGGGCAUGUUCCUGUUCCUCUGCCAGGAAUGUUAUGACAGUAAACCUCGGAUCAUCAGUACACGCUGCAGAGAAAAGCCCACUCUGUGCUCCCACAUGGAAGCCCACCACUCCUUUGAUGCCAACAAGUGUUUAGCUUUUGUGGUGAGGACCACCAACGUCAACUACAGAAAAAUACGUCCCCUGGGCGUGUUGGCCCACUUUGCAUUGUGUCCACAAGUCUUCCGUUACGGCUGCCGGAGGGACGACAGCUGCCAGUACGCUCACUCCCUCAUAGAGCUCCAGACCUGGAGGGUGCAACAGGACACAGGUAUGAGCCCUGAUGAGAUGGUGAAAGUAUCAAGUAACUACCAGCAGCAGCAAGAAGAGAAGACAUUCAGUAGAUGUCCUGCUGUGACUGACGGUGAGAGCAGAGCGAGAGGCAGCCAUGUGAACAUGAAGAUGAACUUUGCCUGUGCUCAGUGCUGGCGAGGAGGCAACAUGAUCCUGCCAGACAAAAGCCUCAAGUACUGCAGUGCCAAGGCCAAACACACGUGGACCAAGGAGCAGAAUAUGCUUCUCGUCAAGACUUUGGACAAAAAUAAAUGGGUUCCUGUCCGACCACUGCCUCAUACCCCCAAGAACUGCCCUGCACAAUAUGAAAUGUGCAAGCAGAUACUGGAGAGAAGGAAGUGUAACUACUGUGAGACUUGCACCUUCGCCCACAGCCACGAGGAGAGGGACAUGUGGACGUACAUGACAAGACAAGACAGUCAGUCACAUGCAUACAACAAUGCACUACAUUU